CGAGUUCUUCACUUCCUCUAACAUUUUCCCUUCGUCUUUCUUGGACUCGAAAUCCUCUGGUUCUCGAGACUUGAAUCGUUGAUUCCAUGGAUCGCGCUCAGGUAGUUCUGUUAGGGUUGCCGAUCUUUCUGCUUUUUACUGAUAUUGUGAACCUUUUCACUCCGCCGCCUCCUAAACCCGUCCAUCGCCCUCCAGCUCGAGUUCACUACCAGCCUAAAUCUCAAGCAGUCAUCCAGGAACCGCCUGAAUUUCCUACGGAGAAACGGAGCGGAAACGGAGGAAUUGGCUACGGCAGCAUUGUUAAUAUCAACUUCUGUGUUUCUUGUUCUUACAGAGGUACUGCAAUAACCAUGAAAAAUAUGCUGGAGUCAUCAUUUCCUGGAGUUGAAGUUAUUUUGGCAAAUUACCCCCCACCACUCCCAAAGCGCCUUCUUAGCAAAGUAGUACCCGUUGUUCAAUUUGGAAUUAUUGCAACAAUAAUGGCUGGCGAACAGAUUUUUCCUAGGUUGGGGAUGGCACCACCACCUUGGUACUACUCCUUGCGUGCAAAUAGGUUUGGAAGCAUUGCAAGCACUUGGCUGUUUGGAAAUUUUAUCCAGUCAUUCUUACAAAGUUCCGGAGCCUUCGAAGUAUAUUGUGAUGGUGAAAUGGUCUUCUCUAAGUUGAAGGAGCAGAGAUUUCCGGGUGAGAUUGAGUUGAGAGAUCUUAUUGGAAGGAAACUUUCCGAGUCCAGAAUCAUUGACAAUUCUGGAGGCGUUUGGUCAUAGGUAUGUCACUUCUUGUGAUCAUUGCCAUCAAAUUAGCAACCGGUGAAGUCUAGACAAUCUAAUCCAAGUUCAUAAUAGCUAAGAAGGGAGGCUGUAUAUGGAGAGAGAUUCAGUUUCUAUAUGUCUAUUCGUCAUAUACUAAACAUUACUCCCUAUUACCUUUCUUAGGAAAUCAAAAUUUUAAAGUUUCAAAUUCAUGUCCUCUCAAAAAGAAGAAAAGGCCUUUGAGUUUUUACCCCAAAAUAGCAAUGGACAUGUCUGUAAUAUGUUUGAAAAAUUCUCCUGAAAGUAAUUCUCCUUUACAUAAAAACACUUCAUGAGAUUUUGGACAGAGAUAGUUUAAGUUAAGAUUCACAGUAGACUUUUGACUUUCUGCUCGAAUAAUUAGAGCAAGCUGUUUUAAAAUUAAUGUGUGGUUACACGUUUGCUUUU